GCUAUGGUAAAUAUAUGAUAAAAGAGUCAUAAGCAAGUAAAAGAAUUAAAACGCAGUAAAAAAAACGAGUUCAUUUUAGUUUAGUAAUCAAAAUAGAUGGUCGUUCGUUCAAUCAUAUACUAUCGACAAAUUUAUGAAAAUCAUCGUUCAUCUGAUAAUAAACUCUGUAUCCGAGAAUAAUAAUGAAGAUGCAAAGAGUUUUUCUCUGCGAGUUAAUUGCGCUGUGAUGAGCCCCCUCUACAAUCUACGUCUGGCGGCCACUGUCGGUUUGGUGAACGAGUCUAUAGUGCGUCGGCUUUCGUGGAAAAUAGUCAAUCAGUCGCUCGGCGCAUGGUCAGCGUACACGCAUUACUGCCAGUCUUUUGUGUUUGUGUUUCCAUCUUUCUCUUGUAUAUCUUGUUGUAAGCACUGUAUCUCAUUCUUGCAAACGGUGCUGCUCGCUGUAUAGUUGCAUUUGGUGCGUAAGCGAGCAAUUUUUCUCGACAGUCGCUCGUAGAAUUUCGGAGUUGAAUAUUCCGUAAAUACGUCGUACGUUACAUUGUGCUCUCUGUUGUUGACUACUUUUUUAGGCAGCCUGUGUGCAUAUAAUAGGAAUCAAUCAUUGUCACGAUAAACUCGCUUCUGCAGAAUGCAUGUAGAAGAAUAUUUAUGAUUAAACGCAUUUAGGUGAUGCCCAGAUCGCUUCAUUGUUGUUAAUUCAAAUUCAACGUAAGAACACUACAAACGCUUUUACAACAUGCCUCCCAAACAGAGAAAAAUUGCGAUUAUGGGUUAUCGCUCUGUUGGCAAAUCCUCACUGAGUAUACAGUUUGUUGAAGGACAAUUUGUUGAUUCUUAUGAUCCUACUAUUGAAAAUACUUUUACAAAAAGUACAAGAGUUAAUUCUCAAGAUUAUGAAGUAAAAUUAGUUGACACAGCUGGUCAAGAUGAAUACAGUAUAUUCCCUACACAGUACUCAAUGGAUAUUCAUGGAUAUGUUUUAGUAUACAGUAUAACUAGUGCAAAAAGUUUUGAAGUAGUACAAGUUAUAUAUGAUAAGCUGCUUGAUAUUACAGGCAAAGUCCAUGUACCAAUUGUUUUAGUGGGAAAUAAAACUGAUUUGUUUGUAGAUCGAAUGAUCUCUACAGCACAAGGAAAACGAUUAGCAGAUUCUUGGCAUGCAGCUUUUCUAGAAACUAGCGCAAAGCAAAAUGAAGCUGUUGCUGACAUCUUUCAUACUUUAUUACUUGAGAUUGAAAAGGCUGAUGGAAAUGUACAGGAAAAAUCCAGCUGUGUAGUAUCUUGAAUUGAAAAAUUAGGUAUUUUUAUUUUUUCAAUGGCAAUUUAUGGUACAGAAUGUAUAGUGGCAAUGUAUAGAUAAAAGACCAGUCUUCUGUCAGUGAUUGUUCACCUCUACAAGUCUUUCCUUAACAAUAGGCAUCAAUUACUUUAAAAACAUGAAGUGAUUAAUAUCUUAAUCCAUGUGUAUACAUAGAGGAGUGCAUUUCCAAUGUGAAUAGCUGUUAUCAAUCCUAAAUUCUAUGUAAACACAUGAUUUUUUUUCUAAACAAAUUCAAAACGAAGAUAAGAAAAUGAGGUAUUUUUAAAGCAUUUUCUUCAAAUAUCUUAAUUUCUUACAUCAUCUAUUUUUUUUAUCUUGAAAAUUUGUUAUAUGCGAAAGAUCAAAGUUAAUAGAACAAUUUAUGAAUAGAGGACUUAACUUUUUAUUUUAUUGAAAAAUUUCGAAAAUAGGAGGAUGUACAUUUUUCUAAAAGUUCUAAUGUUUUUAAAUUAAUAUGAUUUGUAAUGUGCAAAUUUUAGAAUGUGAUAGAUUCAUAAAAGGUGAUAAGUUGAAUAUGACUAGAAUGUAUGCUUUCACAUUUGUAUUUAAGGCACAUUAAUAAUUUUAUAUAAAUAUAAUGGUCCUUUACAACAUGAACAUUUGUGUAAGCACAAUUGUUCAUUAACUUAUACAUUUCCAUGCUCAAUCAAUUUUUGGUCAAUUUAUUGAUUUUAUACUUGUCAGAAAAUCAAAUGCUUUCGAUAACAGAAUAAUCGUAAUGAUUUGGAAAAAGGACCGUUACAGUGUUCAUAUAAAAUAUCGAGUAUACAUUUGUUCACUUUUUGAUACAGGCGCGAGCGCAAACAUGAAAGUGUUAUUAAUGUAAAUUGUGUUAGACAGGCAUGUACAAGUUGAAAAAUUAAAUUGUAAAUACAGAAACAGUUGUACUCAGAACUGUACGAUCUGUAUAAAACUUAAAGUAAAAUAAAAUAAAUAUGUCCACAG